CUUUAACAUGGCUGCUUGCUGUACAAUGGGCGCAAGUCUAUAAAAGAAAUCGACGGAUUUUAGCUUUAAAAUGUCGGGCUGGAGACGAACGACCAAUGCCAAAUACGGCAUAGUGAUAUAUAAUUUCCAGCAAGAAGAGAAAUAUUAUCUUAGUUUAUGCGUAGGUGAUGCUGUUCAAAUAUUAGAAGAAAAUAAUGAGUGGUAUAGAGGAUUCAAUGUCAAGUCCAGAUCAGUCAAGGGCAUAUUUCCAAAGACUUAUGUUCAUCUUAAGGAUGCUAGAGUAGAGAGUGAAGGACAUGUACAUGAAACUGUUAUUCCGAAAGACCUGCCUAUUGUCUCAGAAAUGACGACAGUGUUACGAGAAUGGGGUGCAAUAUGGAAACAAUGUUACGUGGAUGGAAAUACUGAAAAUUAUGAAUUAAUCCGUACAAUGAUGUUAGAGCUUAUCACAUGGAGGCGACAAAUCAUGUCGGGCACACUGCCAGGAGAAGAAUUCAAGGAACAGAUACAAAGAGUCACAUCAAAAAUAGACUACGGUAACAGAAAAUUAGGUCUUGACCUUGUUAUCCGAGAUGAUGAUGGUGGUAUUGUAGACCCCACUGUACAUAGUACCAUAGCUGUAUUCAGGAUGCAUGAAUUAGCAGUGGAAAGGAUACUUCAAGAAACUUCUGAUACAAAUCCAGCAAAACUGCGGCCUAAAGGAACCACGCAUAGUUAUAGUUUCUUUGUCACACUGAAAAAUAAUGUGUGCCAUGUUGGUUCAGAUGCAGAAGUCUUCCUGAGUCUGUACGACCCAAAAGAAAACAAAUUUAUCAGUGAGAAUUUUUGUGUGAAAUGGCCUGCCAGUGGACUGCCGACAAACUUUGACAUGUUGGACAAUUGCAAGGUGGUCUUUACAGAUCUCGGCAGUAAGGACUUGAAGCGAGAAAAAAUAUUCUUGGUUUGCCAGAUUAUCAGAAUAGAUAGGUGUAUCAACCUUAAAAAGCCACUAGCAAAGGCAAAUUCUGAAAAAAGACCCACUCAACAUGUUAGGCGUUUUGGUAAGACACACUCUUCAGGUAGGAUGGAACACCGAGAAGGGACGAGUACACACAAGGAUGAAAGAAAAUAUACACAGAAUUUGAGACGGCCAUUUGGUGUUGCUGCCAUGGAAGUCACGAAUUUCAUUAGGGAAAAAGUGACGAAUGAUGACGAGCAGCAACAUUUUCUACCUUUUCAACCAGUGGUUAGUGAUGCAGAUUUCCUGGAGAAUGUCAUCAAGAAGGUUGUCAGUGGUAAAGAGGUCAAUGCAAAAGGUCAAGGGUUAUGGGUCACCGUGAAAAUGCUUCAUGGUGAUGUUAAUCAGAUCACCAAGGACUAUGCUUAUCUUGUUGAUCAGAAGACAGCGAUUGCAAGAAAGAUGGGAUUUCCUGAAGUUAUAAUGCCAGUUGAUGUUCGGAACGAUAUCUAUGUCACACUGAACUACGGUGAUUUUGACAGAGGAAACAAGAAAUCCUACAAAAAUGUGGAAGUUAGCGUGAUUGUGUGCGACGCUGCAGGAAAACUCAUUAAAGAUAUCAUUUGCAAGGGUGCUCCUCAGGAACUGAUUGAUGAAUUUAAAUCAACUGUGUACUACCAAGUGAGAGGACCACGAUGGUUUGAAACGAUCAAGGUUCAACUGCCAAUUGAUGUUCCGAUCGAACAACUCCAUGGAACUCACUUGAAAUUCAGCUUUAGACACAGAUCAUCUAAAGAAGCAAAAGAUAAAGAUGAGAAAGUUUUUGCAAUAUCAUUCUUGAAGUUACUUCAUGAAAAUGGCACGUCAGUGGUCAGUGGUACCCAUGAUUUGCUAGUGUACAAGGUUGAUGGUAAAUUGCCGAACAACGCUAAAUCUUACUUAGAACUGCCAGCAACUAGAGCCGAGGCUGAAGCAAGAGGCAUUUUCCAGUCAACGCAACAUAAGGGUGGUAUACACCACGGUGGUCUUUCACUGCACAAUAAAGAUAAUUUUCAGAUUGCCACUCUGGUUUGCUCUACAAAGUUUCCUCAGAACAUUGACUUACUUGGUUUGUUGAAAUGGAGAGCCGAUCCAGAAUUCAACGUUAAAGACAAGCUGUACACCUUUAUGAAGAAGGUAGAUGGAGAAGAAAUCGUCAAGUUUCUAAGAGACACCCUAGAAUCAUUGUUUUAUAUCUGGAUGGAAAACAAUGAAAAAGAUGAUUAUGAUGAUAUGAUUUUUGAUGCCCUGGUGUUUGUGAUUCAACUGAUUGCUGACAAGAAGUACCAGCAUUUUGGUACUGUACUUGAUACGUACAUUAAGAAACACUUCAGUGCGACAUUGGCGUACAAGAAAUUAAUGACCGUUCUUACGAAGUACGCAACCCGUGCUGAGGAAACCGAAAAACAGGAGCCACUAUUCAAAGCUCUCAAAGCCUUAGAGUACAUAUUUAAAUUCAUCAUUCGUUCAAGAGUUUUAUUUUCACAAGUCAACGAAGGACGUGGUAUGGAUGAAAGGAUUGAGUUUAACAGUGCAAUGACUGAAUUAUUUGUAUCUAUUAAUUGUAUGAUGAAGUAUACUAGUACUUCUGACGCCAUCUUGCUCUGUCAGUGUCGUCGUUCAAACAUUGAACGUCACUCCAAAGUUCAUGAAUGUCUCCAGGGAGCAGCACUGAAGUCAUUACCCCUUAUCAUACCGGAAGUAAUGCAAGUGUAUGACCAUAAAGAACUGAGUAAAUUAUUGAAGUUUUUCAUUGAGAACAUACCGCCAGAUAGAUUAGUCAGACAGAAGAUGAUAUGCAUUGACGAUAUUGUGCAUAGUAAAUUAUUUGAGUUACCAGAGAGUCGGGGUAUAUUGUUACAAGUCAUUACAGCUCAGCUGAAGCCAUUGCUUGAGAGGAAAGAGGAGUCGCAUAUAUGUGUUAAGGUCCUGUCAGAUAUAAUGGAAAUACUUUACAGAAAGGAUAUAGGACCAACACAUACUGAUGUUGACAUUUUGAUGAAGGAAUUAUUGCGAACUGUCAUACAGACCGUCAUAUUCAUGGAUAGAGAUUCUCAACUCAUUGGUAACUUUGUAGCAUGUAUGAUUGGCCUGCUUCGUCAAAUGAGUGAAUAUCACUAUCAGAAUUACAUCAGUAACUUUAGUAACAGAACUGAUCUUGUAGAUUUUCUCAUGGAGAUAUUUAUGGUCUUCAAAGACCUGGUGUCCAAAAAUGUCUUCGCCACUGACUGGGCUGUCAUGAUAAUGUUACAAAACAGUGUUAUCCUAGGUGCCAUGAAGCAGUUUUCACAAACUUUGAACAAACACUUUAUUAGUGAGAAGGAAUUUGAAUAUCAACUAUACAACAACUUCUUCCACCUAUCUGUGGCAUUUCUAACGCAAGAACCAUUGCAGUUAGAAAACUUCUCCACUGGCAAGAGAAACAAGAUUAUAGAAAAGUACAAAGAUAUGAGAAGGGAAGUUGGAAUUGAAAUAAUACGGAUGAUGUGGUAUCACCUUGGUGGUCACAAAAUACGAUUCAUACCGGAAAUGGUUGGACCAUUCCUGGAGGUCACAUUGAUUCCAGAAGUUGAACUUCGUAAAGCUACCAUUCCAAUAUUCUUUGAUAUGAUGCAGUGUGAAUUCAAUAACAGACAUCAUUUCAAGCAGGUUGAAUCUGAGGUGAUUACACAAUUGGAUGUUCUGAUAGAGGGCGGUAGAGGGGAUGAACAGUAUAAAGAUUUAUUUAAUGUUUUAAUUUCUGAUCUGUGUAGCAAGCAUAAAUUUCUUUGUGAUUCUGGUUCAGAAUUCGUAUUGUUAGUAACUCGACUUUUAGAAAGAUUAUUAGACUAUAGGGCUAUAGUGACAGACGAAAACAAGGAGAACAGGAUGAGUUGUACAGUGAAUUUACUGAAUUUUUACCGAGACAUUAACAGACAGGAGAUGUAUCUGAGAUAUCUUUACAAACUAUGUGACUUGCACUUAGAGUGUGACAACCAUACAGAGGCUGCGUUUACAUUGCAGAUGCAUGUGAGUUCUCUGAAGUGGAGUGAUGAGAUGUUAUUGUUCCAUACAGAGAAGUACCCAAAUGCACAUACACAGAGGCAACUGAAAGAAUGCUUGUAUUAUGAUAUUAUUGAACAUUUUGACAAUGGCAAGAUGUGGGAGAAUGGUAUCAUCCUUUGUAAAGAGUUAGUACACCAGUAUGAAACAGAAUUGUUUUUGUACGGGCAACUGAGCGAUCUUCUGAAACGGCAGGCCACCUUUUAUGAUCACAUAAUGAUGACACCAAGACCAGAACCAGAGUAUUUCCGUGUUGGGUUUUACGGACAGGGCUAUCUGCCUUUUCUACGGAAUCGCGUAUUUGUGUAUCGCGGGAAGGAGUACGAGAGGCUAGGUGACUUCAACAGCCGACUACAGAAUAUGUAUCCUAUGGCCAAGUUAAUGGUAAAGUCAACUACUCCUCCAGGCCAAGAAACCAAAGAAAGCAAAGGACAAUAUCUUCAAAUUUUCACUGUACAUCCUGUUCAAGAAGAGCAUAAACGAUUCAAAGGCAAGACUGUCAGUAAUCAAAUAUUGAGUUAUUACAAGGUUAAUGAAGUGGACACAUUUGUUUAUUCAAAACCAUUCAGAAGAGGGAAAAAACAAGAAGAUUUAGAUUUUGCUAAUCAAUGGUUGCAAAGAACAUAUUAUAAAACAAAGUAUAAACUGCCUGGUAUUUUGAGAUGGUUUGAAGUCGUCAAGGAAACCACUAAAGAAGUCAGUCCCCUGGAACACGCCGUAGAGACAAUGGAAGAACAAAAUGAUAAGCUGAAUUCAAAGAUAAAACAGCACAUUGCAGAUCCAAAUGUACCAUUGAAUCCACUCAGUAUGCAGCUGAAUGGAAUAGUAGAUGCAGCUGUACAAGGUGGGCCGGAGAUGUAUGAAAAGGCUUUCUUUUCUGAGGAAUAUCUGAAGGAACAUCCUAAUGAUCUAGAGUUGAUAGAGAGACUUAAAGAUGCCAUGUCAGAACAGUCCAGCAACUGGAACAUUAUCCCAACUGGUCCAGCAACUGGAACAUUAUCCCAACUGGUCCAGCAACUGGAACAUUAUCCCAACUGGUCCAGCAACUGGAACAUUAUCCCAACUGGUCCAGCAACUGGAACAUUAUCCCAACUGGUCCAGCAACUGGAACAUUAUCCCAACUGGCGUCUGAUUCUCUGUCAUCUGGGAGCGGAGAUUCCCAGAUCAGCAGCAACACAACAGCACUUCGACGUAUUACAGUAA